AUGGACAAAAUUGCCUCUUCCCUUCACCUGGCAAUAGUUGGUCGUUUCUUCUCCUUCCGUCCAUCUAUUGACAUGGUCAGGCGAUGGACAAAAUCUCGUUGGAAGCUUAAAGGAAGCCUGGAGGUUUCAGCUAUAUCGAGGGGACUCUUUCUUUUCAAGUUCAACACUAAUGAGGAUCUGAUCUAUGUUCUGUCGGGAUCUUGGGCUUAUGGAAAGCAUUUCCUAACCAUGGCUAAAUGGAAGCCUGGUUUUGACCCCUCCGCAGAACUAAACCGCAUGGCUCCAGUCUGGGUUAGGCUUCCUGGACUCCCUCUAGAAUUAUGGGAUGAACAAAUCUUCUGCUGGAUUGGAAACUCGUUUGGCAGCUUUGUUGCAGGGGACUCGAUCACUCUCAACAAAUCCAGGUUGGUGUAUGCUCAUUUUUGUGUCAAUGUCACUAUUAACAAGGCUCUCCCAAAAUUUAUCUCCCUAAAAUCAAAAUGGGGAAAAUGGUCCCAGGCUAUUGUGUACGAAAAUGCCACCUUGUAUUGCCAGAAAUGCAAUAACCAGGGGCAUUCAUAUAUUGAUUGUAAAGCCCUCGUGGUUGCGGAACCCAAGCUAAAAAAUAAAGCCAUCUGGGCCGAACCCAUUAAUCCUAGUGACCCAUCAUCCUUGGCUCCCCUUGAGUUGACUAUUGUGAAUGAAAUUUCUGAUGAUUACCCACACAUAGACAAGAUCCUUGAGAUCUUAAAACCCCCAACAGACCCAGUCAAAAACUCAAUCUUUCCCCUGGAAGAGGGGGAGAUAGCCCUCAACUCAACUUUGGCCAAGCCUCUUUUGACUGAAAAUAGCUUACCCACCUCUUCAACCCCUCUCUCCCCUGUAACAGGGGAUAGAGAUGAGCACCCUGGAAAUUCCCUGGUAACUCCGCUGAAAGUGUCCCCCUCGGGCUCCCCCCAGAUGGAUAAUGAAGAAUGGAUAACCCAGAAGAAGAAAGUCAAUGCCAAGAAAGCAUAUGUGGGGGGUAACGAAAACAAAGUAGGCAGACCCUCAGAAAGAGUUCUGAGGCACAAGGUUAUGGCAAGGGACAUUGCAAAGUGUAGACAAUUGACCCUGGAUGGACUUAACAAAAGCAAGAAAUGA